GUUGCCGCCAUUUCCGUGAGGGAAAGGGAGGAAAGCAGUUAAGCUCAGGAUAAACCGCCUCCUAAUUUGAGAUAAAUCCGUUAAUCCGACUCAUUAAUCCACGGAUAAUCACUGCGGCAUCGUAGGCCUUUUUUGAGCUAUAAAUAGAGCUCCUGAUCCCCUCCUCCACUCCACACCAAAACCUCUCCAAUCCCCAAAUCCUCCUCAUCUCCUCUUCCAGAACCUUUCUUUUUCGAUUUCGUGUUCGAGUUCUUUGUGAUUGCAGCGAUGGCGUCCGUGGAUCUGACCCCGAGGCAGGCGAGGAAGGCGUACGGCGGCGAUGGUGGGACCUACUACGAGUGGAGCCCCGCAGACCUGCCCAUGCUGGAACUCGCCAACAUCGGCGGCGCCAAGCUGUCGCUCAACGCCGGUGGCCUCGCCCUGCCCAGCUUUUCCGACUCCGGAAAGGUUGCGUAUGUUCUUCAAGGCAAGGGCACUUGUGGCAUUGUCCUGCCGGAGGCGAGCAAGGAGAAGGUGAUCGCCGUGAAGGAGGGAGACUCCCUGGCACUCCCCUUUGGCGUGGUGACAUGGUGGCAUAACCUCCCGGAGUCCCCAAUCGAGCUCGUCAUCCUCUUCCUCGGCGACACAUCGAAGGCGCACAAGGCCGGCCAAUUCACAAACAUGCAGCUCACCGGUGCCACCGGCAUCUUCACCGGCUUCUCCACGGAGUUCGUCGGCCGCGCAUGGGACCUCGCCGAGUCCGACGCCGUCAAGCUCGUGUCCAGCCAGCCUGCCUCCGGCAUCGUCAAGAUCAAGUCCGGCCAGAAGCUCCCCGAGCCGUCGGCCGCCGACCGCGAGGGCAUGGCGCUCAACUGCCUGGAGGCGCCGCUCGACGUGGACAUCAAGAACGGCGGCCGCGUGGUGGUGCUCAACACGGCGAACCUGCCGAUGGUGAAGGAGGUCGGGCUCGGCGCCGACCUGGUGAGGAUCGACGGCCACUCCAUGUGCUCGCCGGGGUUCUCGUGCGACUCGGCGUACCAGGUCACCUACUUCAUCCGCGGCAGCGGCCGCGUCCAGGUGGUCGGCGCCGACGGGAAGCGCGUGCUGGACACCCACGUCGAGGGCGGCAACCUGUUCAUCGUGCCGCGCUUCUGCGUCGUCUCCAAGAUCGCCGACGCCUCCGGCCUGCAGUGGUUCUCCAUUAUCACCACACCAAACCCGAUCUUCAGUCACCUGGCGGGGAAGACGUCGGUGUGGAAGGCGAUCUCGCCGGAGGUGCUGGAGGCGUCGUUCAACGCGACGCCGGAGAUGGAGAAGCUGUUCCGGUCCAAAAGGAUCGACUCGGAGAUCUUCUUCGCGCCCAACUGAGCAGCUUCCCUUUGCCAUUGCGUCGUCGCGUCGGUGUCGUCUUAAAUUAGGAUUAAGUCAUUAAUAAUUUCAUCUCUUAUCAUGAGAUGUUACUACCUUCUGUCAGUCUUAUGCUAUUGCGGUUGAACUGUGGUGAUUCGCCACUUAAAAUUCUAUUCUAUUCGAGAGUGCCUUCUGGUGCAAAUUUGCUCUGCUUUGUUUCA